GUGUGUGUGUGAGUGAGAGAGAGAGAGAGAGAGAGAGAGAGAGAGCGCGUGUGUUAGUGCAUGUGUGUGCGCGUGCUCGGUGUGUGAGUGGUGCUGAUGCUGAUGUUUAGCUCCAGCAUGCAGCCGUAAUUCAUCAUAGACAGACAGACAGAGAACGACUUACAGCUCGGUUCUGGGUUCUUUUUGUGUUCCGGAGGUUCUGUGCUGAAUAAAUCUCACAUCAGGAGUCAUGAGAGCUGCGAGAUGCGCUUUACUUCUGCUCCUGCUGCUCCAGUGCGUUUCGUCUCUGCCUGUGACACACUCUCACCUGGAGCACGAGGAUGUGAAGGUGAUUAAGUGUAUUGUGGAGGUUCUGGCUGACGUUCUGACCAAACCUCACUCCCUCCCCGUGUCUCAGCCAUGUCUGGAAACCCUCAGGACCGAUGAAAGACUGGUGACCGUGUUGCGUCGCCACAACUUCCUCCAGGAGCUGCAGGACAUCGCUGGAGAAGGAGCCAAUGAGAGGCCUGAGAAGGGACUUGAGGAAGGUCCUGACCACACCCCAGAUCUCCAGGAGCCUGCAGAUCAGUCCAUGCUGAUGGUCUUGACUCCGGGAAAUUUGCUGAAGGAGAGAGGAGCAGAGAAGGAGAAGGAACACAAUUCGCAGGAGAAUGACAUCAUCACCAGCCACGAGGAAGAUGAGAAGAAGGAACAUGCUGUGAUGAAGAAAACAGAUAACAUUGAUGAAGAGGAAGAAGAUGAGGCAGGAGCAGCUGGAGCUCCAGAUCACAGCCAUGUGGAAGAGGAGGAGGAAGAGGAGGUUGAGAGGCAGCAGAGAGACUGGAGUCGGAGCAGAGAGCUGGCCCAGCGCAGGGCUUACGGCCAGCAGGAGGCGCCGCACCACUCCAAGGAGGCGUGGAAGAGUCCUGAGGAGGAGGAGCUCCAGAUGAUGGCAGGAAGAGAACCUGAGGAGCACAGAGACAUGGAGGAAGGCAGCGCUACCAAGAAGACUGAGGACGCUGAGAUGGAGAGUUUGGCUGUGAUGGAGAACGAGUUGGAGAACAUGGCUCAGAAACUCCACAAGCUGCGACACGGCUGAAACACACUAGGUUCACCUCCAGAGGAACCUGAUGCACACACACACACACAGACACGCACACAUAGACACACACACACACACCGUGCUCUGCAGCAUAAACACACGUUCAGGACAUGAUCCUGCUUCAGCUUCAUCUCUGUCUUGCUCGCUUACUGAAGAACACGGCACAUUAGAACAUCACAAGAUUAACAAGAAGAAGAAGAAGAAUUAUAAUAAAAAUCAUAAUAAUUAAGAAUAAUAAUUAAUAAUCAGUAAAGAGGAGGAUUACGUGUUCUUUUAAAAAUGCAAUAAUAUUUUUAUUUGAAUAGAAUUGAAGUGGAAUUUCAGCUGGGGUUUAUUUUAGACAAAUAAAGAUUGAGCGAGUUCUGA